GUCAAUCUGUGGCGCGCUGUGUCCCUCGGACACAGCGGAUCACCGAUCAAUGGAAAGAGCCGAAGAUGAGAGCCGGUAAUCGGCAUUCCUCAGAGGGAACAUGUGCACUGAUGAUCAGUGUAGCCCAGCAGUGUCACCUGUCAGUGUCCAUCAGUGCCAGCUGUCAGUGCUCAUCAAUGCCACCUGCCAGUGCCCAUCAGUGCCUCAUCAAUGCCACAUAUCAGUGCCCAUCUGAGUUGCCUUUCAGUGCCACCUAUCAGUGCCGCCAGUCAAUGCCAUAUAUGAGUGCUGCCUUUCAGUGCCCAUCAGUGAUGCCUGUCAAUGCCCAUCAG